UCUUCUUCAAAGAUUCUCAAAUGGAUUCAUGUCAGAUGUUUGACUGGGCCAUUCUCACAGUUUCACUUUCUUCUCUGAAGCCAGAGUUUGCAUAACUGUUGAGACGCUUACUCAAGACACACACACAAAGUACUGACACACGACAGUCUUCACAACAGCCCUUUGUUCUGAAUGGAACUUUAGUUAAGUUAGAGCAUUGGAAAACCCCACGGAGGACCUUAAUAAGUGACGUUACCCAUCAGCAGACCAAGAGGCGUGUCUUUGAUAUAAGGAAUGGAUCGUCCGUUUUAUCAGAUGCUGUUUAAUCCCGGUGUUCUCACGUCACAACAAAUUAGCCUGUGAGGGUAAGCGUCUCUUUUCUUUUAGCGCUAAAAGAAUAAAAUAAGUAAAGUCUGAUUAUUUUGUGUCUGUAAGGACACUCGGUGGGGACCCGGAAAUUCAAUCACACACAGGAGUUUAGAAAGAAAAAACAAGUUUAAUAAAAUAUUCAGAUACUGGUCGCUGCUCAGGGAAUGGUUAUCAAACAGCACUGAGAAGAGAGGGGAGAAUACUGGUGAUGAACUGAUAAAGGAGGGGUAACUUAGAAAUGUUCAGCUUAACUGACUUGUAAUGCAGUGAAUGGGUGGAGCUAGAAAAAAAAAGUAGAAUCGGCUGCUGAGGAGCCAAUGAUACUCUCCACAAGGAGAUCCAGAAGGCAACACCCUGGGACUACGACAAAGAUCAGGCAAACGUCAUACACGGGUAGGCAGAGAGAGCAAACUUAGCUUGAGGGGCAGGGGAUACUCGGUGGUCGUGAGGCAAAGCUUGGGUCAGGGUCCAGAAAUCCAGAAUAGAUCCGACAAGGCCUUGGCAAGGGGGGUCAAUCCGUGGACAGAAAGGGGUCAAGAAUCUCAGAAGGCUUGGAAAGAAACGCUGGAUUUCUACUGGCUCGUGGCUGUCGAUAAUCUGGCAAGGAGGCAGAGACCGAGAGGUGUUUGAGUAGGGCGGGGACCAGGUGGAACAGGUUUCCAGGAAGUCGCAUCAAAUAAACGUGGCCAACACGCGGAUGGGACUGAAAGAUGAGAAAAGCAGCCAUGAAUUUAUCUACAGCAGCAAGUCUUUUUCUCAUCGUUCUCUUCUGUGAAGAGGUACAGAGUAAGUGGAACGUGAACUGCAACCCCAAGAAGAUCUGUGCCUUAAAAGGAUCGACAGUGACAAUGAGCUGCAAGUAUAGUCACCCAUACUGGGAAGAUCGCAUAUACAUCAAGGUUGAGAAAACAUUUUGGUUUACUAAGACAGAGAGGGACCCUUUAGAUUUUAAGACACAAGAGGAAUAUGUAGAUCGUGUGGAAAACAGUUGCAUUUCGAAAAAUUGCACUUUGACAAUUAGAGACGUGAAAGAGAGCGACUCGGCUACGUACAAGUUUAGAUUCAUCACAAAUAAAUAUGGUGGAAGUUACACUGGUGAACCAGGAGUUCAGUUAUCUGUCACAGAUUCAAAUCCAAAUCUCACUGUCAAGAAGAAGAGUAACAAUUAUUUCGAGUGCUCCAGUUCAUGUGUUUUACCUGAUGAUUCUUCAUAUGUGUGGUACAAAAAUGGACAAAAUUUCCACACAGGGAACUAUUUCUAUAAGGGGUGGGUGAGCAACACGGACAGUAUAUCCUGUGCUCUGAAACGACAUGAAGAUUUCCCGUCUCCUUCAUUCUGUAUCGGAGGUUACAGUUGUAAUGCAGUGACUUACAGUGAUGUCAGAAUCUGUGCAUUGAAAGGUUCUUCAGUGAGUUUUUAUUUCAAUUACAAUUCAUAUUCUGAUUCAUAUCCUACCACAUCAUUCUGGUUCAGUCCUGGACGCAGCACAGUAUGGAUUGAUUCCUCACAAUCUGAAGAUCUUACACCAGACUCUAGAUAUGUGGAUCGAGUGAGAGUCACUAACACAAGACAAAUGUCCACCCUGACAAUUAAUAACUUAAAGGAAGAUGACUCAGCAGAGUAUCGAUUCAUAUUCAAAACAUACUCGUUUAGCUGGGGCAGCGAUUUACACGGAACAACUCUGACCGUCACAGAUGUUAUGGUGGAAGUGACAAGAAUUUUAGCCAACCAGGACCCACAACGUGCAGAGCUGAAAUGUCACAGCAGAUGCACUCCAGCUAAUUAUUAUUACAGAUGGUUCAGGAACGGACAGGAGAUUCCUCAUAACAAAUCUACUUAUACAGUGUUGAUUAAUACGACAGACAGAUUCUCCUGUGCUUUAUCGUCGUUUAAGGAACACAGAGCUCCUGAAGUGUAUGCUCCAGUUUUAACCUCUGUGUCAACCGAUUUCACUGAUGACAUAUUUGAAGGCACCCAGGUGGUUCUAAAGUGUAGUAGUGAUGCUAAUCCACCUGCUAACUACACUUGGUACAAGAAGACUAAAUCAUCAGCUCUUCCACUUCACGGAAAAGGUUCAGAGUUUGACCUGAGUGCCAUCCAGACGUCUGACUCUGGGGAAUAUUUCUGUGUAGCCAACAACCAGUUGGGAGAAAACAGAUCUGAGUACCUUAAUAUUGAUGUGAAAUAUGCUCCAAAACGUGCAGAUGUUUCCCUGAGUCACGCAGAGAUAGUGGAGGGUGAUUCAGUAAGUCUGACCUGCAGCAGUGAUGGAAACCCAGCACCUUCUUACAGUUGGUACAAAGACAACCAAGUGAUGCUUCAAGGACAAGGAGACAUGUAUCAGUUCACUUCUGUCAAGUCUGAGGACAGCGGGACGUACUGCUGCGAGGUCGGGAACAUAUAUGGACGUAUCAACUCUUCAGCUAUUUUUAUAAAUGUGGAGUAUUCUCCAAGGCUUCCCUCUGUGUCUAUGAAUCCUCCUGGUUACGUAGCAGCAGGUAGUUCAGUGACUCUAACCUGCAGCAGUGUCGCUAACCCUGCAGCUACGUAUACCUGGUACAAAGAGCAUUCAACUUCCCCAGCAGCAGAUGGACAGACGUUUACCAUUGUGGACAUCAGAGGUGAACAUGGCGGAAAUUAUUACUGUCAAGCCAGAAAUAGCAGGGGACACCAUAACUCCACCAUACAUCUGAUUGUGGUUUCAAGUUCAGCUUCAUCUGCUAUUGCUGGGUCAAUCACGUUUCUACUCCUGAUUGGUUUGUUUUUGUCUGCCUUCAUCAUUUUAAGUUAUAGAAAAAAGAAGGCUGUACGGCAAAUUCACCAGACCAGAGAGGGAGCAGGAGAUAACGAGACGAAGAGAUUGGGUAACUUGGGCCGACAUCAGGGGAGUUCAUCAACUGCAGGACUUGGAAAUUCAGUAGCUCAAGACGACGUUUGCUAUGCUAGCGUAAUUUUCUCUAAAAAUCAAGAGGAACCUCUUUACUCCAACUUUGUGCCAGCCGAACCCAAAACAUCUCAAAACGAGGAAAAGGAGGAAAACGUGGAGUAUUCAGCGAUAAUGAUCAAGAACACACCUUGUAAGAAAAGUUAUGAUGCUUCAGAGGAAUCAUCUGUACUGUACAGCACAGUCUGCAAAGUCAACAAAUGAUAAACAACAGUAACUCUUGUUGAAUACUUUUUAAAAAUAUAAAACUUUAUUCAUUGAUCAGAAAGCAAACAUGAAAGUAGUUCGUUCAAAAACACAUGAGAUGGGAUGGCUGUAUCAACAAUGUGCUAAUGAAUCUUUUAAAAUAUGUGUGAUAUUUCAUAUUUCACUGAUCUGAUACAAAGUAAAUACGGGCUGUGUAUUGCCGAUACCAAUACUGAUACCAAUACUUAUUAUUCAAGUAUGUUAUAUAUCAUAUAUCAUCAAACUUCUGACUUUUAGGUGUCUUUGUGGUUUUUCCUUUGAAUUAUUUUGUUAAAACCUUGGAGUUUAUAGGUGUGCAUUUUAUCUAAAUACUUUAAUAACAUAUUUAAAUGAUAAACAGAAACAAAAUAAAAAUAAAACAAAUUUAUGUGCUUUUAAGUCGAUAAAGGGAACACAAAAAAAUCAGAAUUUAAGGGUUAAUCAAAUAAAAAUCUGUUUUUAGAUGUUCGAAGUGGAAAAACUAUAAAACAAAAAUAACAUUUCAUGAGUGAAUCUGAAACUAAAGUACUGAUCUUAUCAUGUUUGCAUCCAUCCAAAUAAACAGUUGUCAAUUUAAACAGAGCUAAAAUGCACAAUAUCAAUUAUGAUAAAAGUAAAAAACAUAUACAAAGCAUGGCACAGUUACACAUCAAACUCUGUGUAUAAUUACAUUUGUCUAAAAUAAAUGUUAAAGUAUAAUAAUUGUAAAGAAAAAGCAGAGUUUAUCCUUUCCAUUAUGAGAAACAUAAGGAACCUUUCAGUUCCUGUUUUAUUAAAAAACAUGUUAAAAUUGAUUUUAUGCAAAGAUGUGUGGAUUUUGGGGUUGUUUUAUACAUUUGUUGUUCCUGUUACGGAAAAAUUAUUAUUUUUAGUGCAAAUACAGUUAAUCUUACGCCUUGUGAAAAAGCUAUAAUGAACAUUCUUAUUUUGAACAAAUUUGGGUAAAGGAUUUAAAACUAAACUACUCUAUCGGUAAGUAUUCAGAAACAGGAACCAAAUGCAGAUCAAAAGGGGAUCUCGAGGAGGCUCCUGCUGUGUUAUCAGAGGACAGGAGGCCAUAAAAUUAGCAUCUACUGCAGGGCAGAAGCCUGUUUGGGUCACAGAACAUCAAAGGUCUUUCAGAACCAACAUCUGACAUGGUUUAAACUAAA